AUGUUAGCUCAGAGUGCCACCGCUGCCUUGUACCUGCAGACGAGGGCAAGCCGGGAGGAGCGGCUGGCACGCCAGAAUAACAACAAUACCCACGAUGUCAAGAACCGUAACCCGAAAAACUCAGAAAUAUGUUGGGGCCACUCGGCUCAGCCACAGAAGACAGGCCGUAGCAUUACGCCUUAUGGUGACACCGAGGAAACAGUUGUCGAGCGUCAUCAACCCACCGGUCCGCAAGGUUCUCGGGAGUCUCUUAGCCACCACGUGUUCCAACUAUCCGGUAACUUUCUUGCGUUCCUACAGACCAUUUACCCUCAAGAACCCCACCAACCGAGUGUUCCUCAGGAGCUACCGAGCAGUUUGCAAGAGUUCCAGCAGGACAUUAGCGCUGAACACUCCCAGCAGUCCUUCAUACCAACUCAGUGGCGAGCGCCUGCACCUGCCUACUUGUCUCCAAGUGUCUCAGAGACCUUGCAGCAUCCACGUGUCCCAGCAGCCCAGGCUCCCACACGUGUCCCAGCAGUCCAGGCUCCCACACGUGUCCCAGCAGCCCAGGCUCCCACACGUGUCCCAGCAGUCCAGGCUCCCACACGUGUCCCAGCAGCCCAGGCUCCCACACGUGUCCCAGCAGUCCAGGCUCCCACACGUGUCCCAGCAGUCCAGGCUCCCACACGUGUCCCAGCAGUCCAGGCUCCCACACGUGUCCCAGCAGUCCAGGCUCCCACACAGCAGUCCAGGCUCCCACACGUGUCCCAGCAGUCCAGGCUCCCACACGUGUCCCAGCAGUCCAGGCUCCCACAACAGCUCAGUCUGCCAUAUGUGUCCCAGCAGCUCAAUAACCCAGUGCUCUCCCAGUUGAGUUCUAAGUUCAGUUCCUGGAGCGAGCGGUGCUGGAAAACGGACGACUGGAGUGUAAACAGUUGGAAAUCCCUGGAAUGGGUGAAAUCAGGGAACUGGAAACCUGAGUGGCUCGACGAUAAGGAUUUAGGGGACCUUUUGAAGAAGACUAAAGACUGGGGGAGUGAGUGGUUAGAGAGUGAGUGGCAAAGAGCUAAAGAUCUGGACAUGCGCAGAGUACCCAUCGGUGAUUGGUUUGGACUGAGUGACGAAAUCAAGGAUGGAAUAGAGAUGAAGCCAAACAUUUAUCCCCGAGUACAAAGGCGGUGUGUGCCAGCGGUGGUCGUGUAUGACAGCGGUGUGUGUACCCGGGAGGAGGAUGACCCCGCCCACGCUGUUCUGUACUUCCGCCCACGCCACACGCCCACCACCGCCCGCACCUCCCUCGCCGGCCAGCUGGCGGGCGUGGUCCAUUUCUGCCGCCACGCCUUCGCCACGCCCACCGUCGUACGGACCAGACACGCCCACGUGGCCCUCAAGGACUACGGCCGCUUUGUUGUGAUGGUGUGUGGGCGUGGCGGGGAGUGGGCGCGAACGAGGUUGGUGGAGGUGACGCGGCUACUGGAUGCAUCUACAGGCGGCCUUCCUCACCUGUGGGUCACCUGUGGCUGGGACCAACAGGUCUUCACCGACAGGUUGACGGAGGUCCUGGAUGCCCUACUGCCUCACGCUCUACCAGACGCUGACUUUGGGGAGGACCAAAUCCUGGAGUCUUCCCCCAGCACCUCCUCCAGCACCCCCUCCCCCGCCACCGAGGCCUCAGAGGGAGGUGUCUCCAGUGAUGGGGGAAGAUCAGGUCAGAAGGGAGAGGACCGAGAGGAGGAGGCCUGUACGCUCCUACACAGGAUCUUCAACGCUGUUCCCUCCGUCCAGCUGCCCAAGAGCGGGGGCGGCGUGUUCCUGAGGGCGCAGCAGCUGGUGGAGGUGUGUCAGCAGCAGCCAGGGGUCUUAGCCGGUGCCACCAUGCAUAAAGACAGGAUACUCAACUCACAGAUGGACAGUGACCUGGCGCACAUCCUAGCCUCCCUCCCACUGCACAAUCAGAAGAGCGGAGUGCUUGAGGAGCGUCGGGUGGAGUACCAGCUGCCAGGUGGAGUACAGCUUCUGAAGCUUCAUGUACCCGAGGAGACCCACUCCACUCUCCGCGCCAAUCUCCCAAAGUCGAUGCCACGUCGCGGAGAGCGGGGACUACACAGUGAAGCAGCGUCCAUGGACCUGGCAUCUCUCCGCUCCGUCCUCCAGUCCCGCCAGUCCCUCCAUACCUACCCCUCCACUCUACCCGCCGCCAUGGACACCCCCUUAGAGAGGUGCUCAAGCCCACAGGAAUCACACAAGCUCAGUCAGCAUCUACCCAAGGGUCCCAGUCUCUUGAGGAGGAUAAGUGGAUGUAAUGAGCUGGAGUCGCGACCUUCACAGAGCUUACCAGGAUCACCCAGGAAGAUCCGAGUGGCAGCCACGUUGCCAGACGUAGGUAGCAACUCACCUGACCUACGUUACAAGGUGUUGACAGGACGCAGGCCUCGGCCACCAGCGUCCUCACACUCCACCCCACGGAGGAUGCCAGGAGGACGUAAUGGAAUUCCAAGGAACCUCGACACAGCUAAUAAUGGCAUCAAUUUUGGUUCUAAACGUGUCCAUGGAGUAGGAGUGUCCAACCUGGCACGUUAUAGUGUAGAAAAGAGAAAUACUUCCAACAAUAAACUACUUAACAUCACAGGCGACGUUGCCAAACCCAUCCUUAAGAACGGCACUGUGACCACCUCAAAACUGGGCUAUGAGUCUGAAAAAAGCGAAAGUGGUUUCGAGGACGGGGUACAGUCUGACAGUGAGCUUAACAUAAAAAACACAAAAAAUAAGCUGAAUUUACAGUUUGCGCCCGACAAGAUAAAUAGACCAAGUCACGAGAUAGAACUUGAUGGGUUGAGCAACGACGAACCGAAAAUUACCCGAGAGAUUAAUGGGAAUCUCUCCAAAGACUAUGACUCAAACGGUAAAGACAGCCCUAAUGGUAACCUCAUGAGCCUGAAGUCUCAAAUGUUGGACUUCAAGGAUGAGUCGGACACGUCCAGAAGCGAGGAGUCGGAGAUCAGUGUGUUAGACCUGAGUAACUAUAUUGAGAGUAAAGAGAAUGGAGAUCGGAAGCUGGCAGAGGCUGUGAGGGGCUUGAUGGAGCUAACGACGAGGGACGAUGAUGACGACAACCUGAUGCAGAGUGACCGCUCGUCCGAGAAUCACCUCACAGAGUCAGGUCAGCACGAGGCCAGUGGGUCAGCAGAGGGCUGGGAGAUGCUGACCCUGUACACUCAGAAGCACUCCGACACCAUCCUCCACCUGCUGCUGUCUCCUUCAGCUUCUAACAACUCUCAGCUCAUCUACAACCUGUGGCGGCUGGGAGUGUCUGGGUUGGAGGACGUACAGGCUGCAGUAGAGCGGGCGAUGGAGGUGUCUGAGGCAGGCGAUGGCGGGGAUGCUUUCCUACAGUGGUCAUACAGCGUUCUCUCUGCUGUCACACCAACAGCCCUCAACAUGGACCUCAUUGCCAUGGCUCAUCAGGACUUCAAGCACCACCGAGGCCUCAUGGAGGUCACCUUGCGGUGUGGAGAGGCAGUGCUGUGGGGUCACCGACAUAGCAAUACAGAGACCUUUUACCAAGUGAACGCAGCACCGCGCCCCGGCCUACCCAUACCCUCAGACAUCAUGGCGAAGGUCCCUCACCGCGCCCGUCGCCGCCUUGACCGAGACCACAACAUUACCCUCCUGUAGGUCAGCUGUGCGACGCCUCCCUGGGACUCAUCAUACUGUCCCUUAUCAGCAAGAAUCAUUCCUCUGCUGACAAAUAACGAUUUACAUUUUGCACUUCCUGAAUGCCAAAGACAUUCCUCUCCACAUUCCGAUAAUGACCAAUGUAAGCUUUUCGUAUGUGAUAAAGUCAGAAAUUAUUAGCCUUUGAUAUAUUUCAAUACAGUUUCUAAGGAGCUUGUACAUCACUGAGUCAUCUCUUCGGUAGCUCAUUAAUGGUUCUUUUCAAGACUGCAGCAGGAAAUAUUGGUGCCUACCUUCAGCAGCUAACAGAGACUGGUCCCGAUACGUGGUGUUGAGAUGUUGGUCCCUGAGCUUAACUUGUCUCCGGCAAUUAGAAAGAAAGAGAAAAAGAAUUGAACCCGUCCUUUAUGUCGGCCAUUGAUCAGUCCAUCACGGACACCAUCGAGGUCACAUCAUCAUUCACGUGACACCUACUGGCACACGUCAAGUGCUCGCUCCCCCGACCACCACCACUGCCAAUGUUUCUGUUCUGUUCUAGACAGUAAACAGCAACACAGGCAACAGAUAUGCUAGUCUCUGGGUCCAAGAGAGUUUGCUUGCUGGGAGUACAUGGUGGCUAAGUAAGCCUUUGUUGUUCACACUUGUUCACCAAUUGUGGGGUAUGAUUGGUGUCAUCCAGGCAGUAAAAUACACAAAGAUGAUUUCUGCGAAGUAUUAACUGAGGUUGAGUAGGACUCCAGCAUUUAGGUCUACAAGGUGGUACUUCUGCUACGCUCUCAUGUGUUUCUAUAUUUCGAGUCAUUUAAUUGUACAGUUGUUUAUUGGAAUAUUAAUACAGAUUUAUUAUUCAGUAUUGUACAGCAGUAUUUGAAUAUAUGUGUGUUGCUUUAUUGAUAUUUAUGGUGUUUUCUGUUUCAUGACGCUAAUGUUCAUGUAGUUAACAUCUUACAUAAAAUGCUCUUAUAUAUAUACAGUAUAUAUAUAUAUAUAUAUAUAUAUAUAUAUAUAUAUAUAUAUAUAUAUAUAUAUAUAUAUAUAUAUAUAUAUAUAUAUAUAUAUAUAUUCUGAAUGAUGGAUUGAUGGGAAAAAAGACAUUGCAAAAAAAGAAGACAAACAUUGAUAAGAAUAUGACGUAGUGAGUCUCAGAGAAUCAUUCCUUGUGAAAGAAGUAAGAAAAUAUUGUAUACUGUACCGUACUGUACUGUACCGUACCGUACUGUACGGUACUGUACUGUACUGUACCGUACCGUACCGUACCGU